UCCACCCGCCCCCCCGCCUUCCUUGAUGCAGUGGUACGGUCCGCCACGCAAGGCCACUCUCCCCACCGCGAGCGGUGGUAGCGGCCGGGGCGAGCGGGCUCCGCAGGCGGGAGCGAACGCGAGGUCACCAUCGCCCCACCACCACUGAGGGGUCCAGCACCAUGUUUGGCUCGUCCCGAGGAGGAGUGCGAGGGGGCCAGGACCAGUUCAGCUGGGAGGAUGUCAAGACAGACAAACAGCGUGAAAACUACCUGGGAAACUCCUUGAUGGCGCCGGUGGGCCGGUGGCAGAAGGGGAAGGACCUGACAUGGUACGCCAAGGGCAAGAAGGACACAGCCCCUGCGCUGUCCCGUGAGGAAGAGCUGGCUGCUGUCCGCCUGGCUGAGCAGGAGGCCAUGCUGGCAGCCCUGGGCUACAAGAACCUCAAGAGGCAGCCCACCGGGCUCAGCAGGGAGGACCUGGCCGAGGUGUGCAAGCGGGAUGGCACCGAGCGGGAUGAGAAGAAUGUGGACCGGGUGGUGGGCUUGGGCAGCUCGAGCGGCAGUGCUGGCCGGAUAAUGCUGUCCAAGGAGGACAAGGAGGCUGCCAAGAUGGGGCUUUCUAUCUUCACGCACCAGAAAGUCUCCAGCAGCCCCGAGAUGCCUCUCUCCAAGAAAAAGCAGGAGAAGGAGGAGAAGGUGGAGGAGAAACGACCAGAAGGGAGUAAGAAAUCCAAAAAGGAGAAAAAAAAAAAGAAAAAGAAAAAACAUAAGAAGGAAAAGAAGAAGGAUAAGCAUCACAAGAGGGAUGCUGUCUCAUCGUCUUCCGAGUCGUCUUCAGACGAGGAUGACAGGCACCAUCGAAGGAAGACCCAGCAGCACCCUGAGCCAUCACGGCACAGCAGCCGGCAUCGACAGGACACGGAUUCCUCCAGCAGCAACAGCGAUUCCGGUAGGAGCCCCUCGCGCCACCCUGCCCGUCAGCAGAGCCAGAGCAGGGAUGGCCAUGGCUGGCACCCAUCCCCACGGCGCAAAGGGAGGAAGAGGAGCAGGAGCCGGUCCCCUCCGUCCCGUGGGGCCAGGCAACGCCAUGACACCGAUUCGGACUGAGAGGAAGCUUGGGGGUUGUUUCCCAGGGAGAGCUCACAGAGACUAUCUAUUUUAUAAGGUUAUUAAAUUAAAGAAGCCACAGCUCUGCUGUUGCCGGGGCUGAGCCCAGCGAAGCUCGGUGUGUGGUGCAAUGGCAGCUGCCCCUUCCCUGCCCACAGCCCCUGCCUUCAACAUGGGACAGCCCCACCAGUGGUGGGGGGCAGCAGGGGGCUGGGUGCCUCCCUCCUCACUGCCUGGAUCUAUCUGUCCAGCCAUGAUUUAGCUGUGGGGUGGGUGCUGGCACUGGAGUGGUUCUGGCUGCAGUGCUAGAAAUGCUGCAAAUACUUUGUGUUUAUGUAAAGAGACUUAUUACUAUGCGGAUAUUGUGUUUUUAACAUCUUCUUUCAAAGCCCUCAAGUAGCUGCCAGUGAAGUGGCUGAAGGAGGAUUUUUUUCCUUAAGUUUACAGCUGUGAAAUAAAACCCAGGACUCAUGCACUGCUGGGAGGGUUUUGCAUCUUGGGUCCAAUGGGUUUAUGAGAGCCAGGCUGUCGGGCUCUCCACAGGACCACCUCUGCACUCCAUGGGCUGAUGAGUGCUCCCCACAUGGUGAUGGAUGCUCUUCAUGUCAUAAGGGUGCUCCCCAUGGGGCUACACAUGCUCUCCAUAGAGCAGUGAUGCCCUCCAUGCGCUAUGGGUGUUUUCCAAGGGUCAUGGGUGUUCUCCAUGGGUUGAGGUAGGCUCCCCAUGGGCCAUCACACACUCCAUAGGGCACAUGUACACGUGCAAGCAGGGGAGAACUUGCGAUGUCAGUGAUGUCAGGAGGACAAUGUGGCACCUCU